AAUAAAAAGUGCAUUCUCAGGUGGACCCCACUGUGUUUCCCAUAAAAGUAAAAAUGGUGGACCCCAUUGAUUGACAUGAUGAUCAGAGAGUGGAGGGAUGACGAAGCCCAAUACUCUGCAUGAACGACCAUCGUAAGUUUUUGCAGCAAACCCAACCACGUCGUUUAAUGGAGGAAGAGGAAGAAGAGCCAGGAGGAGAGUGCAGGUUCUGAACGACAUGUUAACGACCGCAUAUAAACCGACACGAACGGUCGACUCAACAAUAUGGUGGGCCCCCACUAUCUCCUCUCUCACUCUCUCUUCUCCUCUCAAAGCGGCAACAACUUCCGAUUAACACUCUCUCUCUCUCUCUCUCUCUCUCUCUCUCUGUGCCUUCGGCUUUGGCUUUGGCUUUGGCUUUGGCUUUGGUUUUGGCUUUCCUUUUCCUACUCCUCUCUCUCUCUCUCUCCCUCUCUCUCUCUCUAUCUCUCACUUUCCUUGAAAGCCUUUUAGUGCUUUGCGCUAGAAGAUAACCAAAGAAAAAGAUUUUCAUUAUUUUUUUAUUUUUAUAUAAAAUCAAAAUCCAGAAAUAAUAAUAAUAUUAGUAUUAUUUUUAAUGAAUCGAAAGGAAGAACAAGUAGAGUAUUUAGUGGGAUUUUUGGGUUGCUUUUCUGGGCCGGCUUUGAUAGCGGGGCCAAAUGAAGGACCGUAGGAAAAGAAGCAGCGGCGACGUCGUUUCCUGGAGCAGGUUCUUCUGGUGCACGCUUUUCGUCGUCUUCACCUGCGUUCUCUUCACCGGUUUCACCUUUUCCUCUUUUCGCUUCCUCUUCGGUGAAACGCUUCAACCUGUUCUGGUGUUACCAUGGCGAGCUCCGCAGAUGGAAGCUAUCUCCGGCGAUUCUCCGGUCAAAAAGCCCUACAUCUCCAUCCGAGAAAUAGUAUUGCUUCCAGAUCAAGCACUCGUUUUCCUAAAUUGUCCACCACCGGCUCGCUUAUUUACCAAAGAUGACCUCCACUGCGUUUAUUUCCCGGCUAAUGACUCCUCCUCCUCCCAGCGUCGUCUCAAGAAGCUGCCUAGGGAAGUAGACGGUGAUGAUCCCGAAAACCAAAUCGUAAGGUGUCCGCUUCAACCACGUGGCUUCACUGUGGCGGUUGCUUUGAAACCCAAGGGCGAACUCCCAUCUGGUCCUUCCCAUAGGUGGAACUCGCUGGCUUAUGAAGCUCUGAUCGACCGCGACAACACCACGAUAAUCUUCGUCAAAGGCCUUAAUCUGAAGCCUGAAAGAGUCUCCAAUGCAUCGAGAUUCGAGUGCGUCUACGGCUGGGAUUUCAGGAAGCCGAAGUUUCUACUAAGAACCGAGGUGGUGUCGAUCGCCCAAGAGAUCGUACGGUGCAAAACGCCGCUGAGUGUUCUGAACGCCCCACAGAGAGCCAACAGUUCGGUAAAGGUCUCCGUUAGAAUUAAAGGCAAGGGAAUACUCCCCAGCAUAGCCCGCCCGAUUUCACGAACCGAACCGAACCCGCAAACCCGGAAAAGCCACGAGAUGUGCGUUUGCACCAUGGUUCGGAACCAGGGUCGGUUCGUAAGGGAAUGGGUCAAGUACCAUGCGGAAAUGGGUGUCGACCGCUGGUUCAUCUACGACAACAACAGCGACGACGACAUCGAUUUCGUCAUCGAAUCCCUAGUCAGCGCCAAUUACAACGUGACACGUCACGUUUGGCCGUGGAUUAAGACCCAGGAAGCUGGGUUCGCCCACUGUGCCCUCAGGGCCAGGGAUUCCUGCAAUUGGGUCGGGUUCAUCGACGUGGACGAGUUCUUUCACUUGCCGUCGGGUCUAUUCCUCCACGACGUCCUCCACAACCAAUCAAAAUACGCUAACAUCGCCGAGCUUCGCGUCUCGUGCUACAGCUUCGGACCGUCGGGGCUGAAGCACGUGCCACCGCAGGGGGUUACGGUGGGAUACACGUGCCGAUUGGCGGCGCCGGAGAGGCACAAGAGCAUUGUGAAACCGGAGGCGCUGAACUCGUCGUUGAUAAACGUGGUCCACCAUUUCCAUCUGAGAGAUGGGUUUAGGUACGUGAAUAUGGAUAAGGGUGAGAUCGUGAUCAACCAUUACAAGUACCAAGUUUGGGAGGUUUUCAAGGAGAAGUUCUACCGGAGAGUAGCGACUUACGUGGCGGAUUGGCAAGACGAACAGAAUGUUGGGUCCAAGGAUCGAGCUCCGGGUUUGGGUACUCGGGCCGUGGAGCCUCCUGAUUGGUCCAGUAGAUUCUGUGAGGUCACGGAUACGGGUUUGAGGGAUCGGGUCCUUACCAAUUUGGUUGACCCGCAGACGCAUCUUUUGCCUUGGCAAGAGGUUGAAAAGCAUAAAAAAUCCAAAAUGGUGAGCGAAAACCCAAAACGGACUCCAUCUGAUUCAAAAAACCCACAAAAAGAUUCAGACCCAACAGGUGGUGGCGGCCAAAACCAGAACGAUGGUAUAUUCAUCAGCCCCAGAUUCAAAUCCGUGGCUGCCAUGGCCGGUUGGGACGAAGAGGCCCUCUUGACUGCGAGCCUCGUCGUCGAUGACACGCCCGAUCGGGAGUCUAAGCAGAAGAAACGCUCUGAUUUGCUUUUCAAGACACCUCCGAGCAAUUCAAGAAGAAAACGUAGAGCUCAAAGGCGGAGUCCAAUUUCAAACCCUGUUGCUGUUCUUGACCUAGAUGACGAAGAGAUUACAAAAUGUGAUACUGAAAAAGAUAAAACGGAAUCAACAAAUGUUUCGAAUGAAGAAAAGAAAACAGGAGAAGAUAAAUUAACUGAAGAAAGCUCUGGUGUUUCUUGCUCAAGCAUGACUGUUCCUUGCAUGGAUAAACUCAAGGAAGAGCUUUCUUGCGCAAUUUGUUUGGAGAUUUGCUAUGAACCAAGUACCACUUCUUGUGGGCACAGUUUUUGUAGGAAGUGUUUGAGAUCUGCAGCAGACAAAUGUGGAAAGAGGUGCCCAAAAUGCAGACAGCUGAUCAGCAACGGAAGGUCCUGCACCGUGAAUACCGUUCUUUGGAACACUAUACAACUUCUCUUUCCAGAAGAAGUUGAAGCAAGGAAGGCUGCUGGAGCUUUAAACAGUCGAGAAGCUGAGCGUCAAAGGCCAGAAAAGGAGUUCUUUAAUAGUUACAGCAAUCGAAGAACACAGGUAACAAUGCCAUCAAGCAGAGAUGUUACGGCCAUGAGAAGAAGAGCCAUACCUAGUGCUGACAUGGAUGGUGAGCUUUAUGUCAGAAGAAGAAGCCUUGUACGCCCUUCCAGGAGCAGUAGUAGAAGAGGGACAGUGGAUCAAGAUGAGGAUGCUGCAUUAGCUCUAAGGUUGCAGAGAGAGGAGUUUAUGGAGGCCUUUGAUGGGCAAUCGUCUACUAGGAGGUCUCUUUCCAUGGCUAGAGCGAACUUGAGAGCCAUGGCAUCUAGGGCCGUCAACCUUCGUGUUAGAGCUGGACCUAACCAAGAGCAGCAAAACGUUUUCUCAUUGCCGUGGAGAGGUAGGACUUAGUAUAUUCGUACGCCA